AUGUCAUCCAAGCCUACCGACUCCGGCGUUGCCCGUAAACGCACCUCCUCCGAGUCUACCGACAGCUACCAUGACGUGCUCUUCAAGCCCUCACCGCUAGUUGGAGGUCUUCCGCUGCUGUCUGAUGAGGAUGGACUCAUGCCUGCUGGCGGUGUCGGUGGCGUGUCAACUGCCACUGAUGACUCUACCAGUUUGGUCAGCAUGAACAAUGCCUUUGGGGCGGCCACCCCCAAUGCCAGCGCCACGGGCAGUUUUGUCAAAUCGGGCAGCAAAAAACGCAAACGCCUUGACACACCG